AUGGCUUCGACGCAGGAAGACGGCGAAAAGCCCUUGAAUGCAUCCGAGAAGGCAUACUUGAAGGAAAAUUGGGGCGACGAAUUCCAUUUCUUGCGCGAUCACGGUCUCAAAAUCUACAACGAGGAGGAUCGGAGCGACGGCCGAGCCAUCCUGCGAGCUUUUCGGAAGAGUGACUCCCUCCCCGAGGAGGAUCACUCCCCAAGCGGUGCCAACGAGGCGGCUCAUGAGUUCCGCAAUGACGACCAUUUCCGCGCAGGCGACCGAGCUGAAGAGAACCAGUAUCAGCACCAGAUCCCGAGAGGCUUCGCCCCCGCUCACGGAUUCGAUUAUGCUGGAUCGUCGGUCUACCAGCCGGCCCAAGACCCUGCUCUGGUCUCUGCUGGCGGCGGUGAACAGCACCAGGGACCGACGCGCGAGUAUCGUAUGAACCCCAAUCAGUUUGGUCAUAAUCAUGACCAAAGUGGCGCUUUCGAUGGGGGAUACCAGGGCAGAUUCCAGGGCGGACGGCAGGACGGAUACCAUGGUGGCCGUGACGAUGUGUAUGUUGGGGGACACAGUUUUGUGCGCGAGGGCUGCGAUAAUCCGCAUGAUGCUGGUUCCAAUCGUGGAUAUGAUGAUGGUUCCGAUUCUGGGCAUGAUGAUGGGUCUGAUGAUGUGUAUGAGGAUGGGGAUAGCGAUGGGGAUAGCUAUGGGGAUAGCGAUGGGUACGAGGACGAUGAUUAG